UGUGCCUUAUUUAUACCGUCAUGUAUCGCAUGUGAUCUAAUUCAUUUGUAAAUCUUUACAUUUUUUUGAGAUUUCCAAUUUUUCUCAUUAUUGACAAGAAUGUUUUCCCUACAAACACAAUUGAAUCUUGUUACGAAACGAACUGUUUUACAAUCGGUGCGUUAUCAUCUUAAAAAUAAACGAAAAGAACCAUUCCGUAAGCCAAUUUGGCAACCGAUGGCUCCAUCCAAAUUAUAUCGUAUUCGAAAGAAAGAAGAAUUGUCUGAACAAGAAAAACAACAGCGCGAACAUCUUGAUUAUACUUAUAAAGUAACUAUGGAAUCAAUCAAACAAUUUUUGCAUCGAGAAUUCUAUCUUCCAACUGUCGAUUCUGAACAAGGUGGAUCGAGCGAAUUCGUUCACGAAGAAGAAGAAUUGGAAAAGGCCAUGAUUGAAAAUGAUCGUGAAAAUCAGAGAAUAGCAGCGAUGCGUGAUGAGCGAUUAAAAUUAUUUCAACAAGAAUUGGAUGCUAAAUUGGUGGCUAUGAAAAUUCAAAAAGAAGAAGAAAAUCGUCAAAUUGGGGAACAAUUUGACCAAAUAGUUCGUCAAGAAAUUGAGCGAUCAAAGACGUAUAUAACUCGUGAAAAUAUUGAUGCCAAGAUUGAAGAAGCUCUCACGCAUCAAACUAAUUAUGACUAUGCGAUCGAUGUAAAUGGUAGAAUCAUGUUUGAUGGAUCACUACAUCCAUAUGCAUUACGACCUAAAGCUGUACCUGAAACCAGUAGCCAAACUGAAGAAUAUCAGUCAUUUGAACCAAACAAACCCGUUUAUUUGAAAGCGAAAAAAAUUUUUUAAUUAAUUCUUAAAAACUAGAAAUUAAUAAUCAAAUAAUG